AUGGCGAUGAAGGAGGAGAAAUCUCUACCGACGGUGGAGAUCAACAAGUUGAGGUUCACCUACCCCGGAAUUGAUGGCCAUCCUCCACCUGGGUCCGCCCCUUUGAUCGAUGAUUUCAGUCUUACUCUCAAUCCCAGAGAUCGCUGCCUUCUUGUUGGAUCCAAUGGCGCUGGGAAAACUACAAUACUGAAAAUACUUGGAGGGAAGCAUAUGGUGGAGCCGAAUAUGGUGAAGGUGCUGGGAAGAUCUGCAUUUCACGACACUGCAUUGACAGUUUCUGGUGACCUCUGUUAUCUUGGUGGCGAGUGGAGACGAGAAGUUGCUUUUGCUGGGUUUGAGGUUGCAAUCCAGAUGGAUGUUUCUGCUGAGAAAAUGAUAUAUGGGGUUGCAGGUGUCGAUUCCCGAAGGCGAGAUGAACUAAUAAAGGUUUUAGAUGUUGACCUAUCUUGGAGAAUGCAUAAAGUAUCCGAUGGUCAAAGGAGGAGAGUUCAAAUAUGUAUGGGUCUUUUAAAGCCAUUCAAGGUUCUUCUGCUUGAUGAGAUCACUGUUGACCUAGACGUGCUUGCAAGGGCUGAUCUUCUAAAAUUUCUAAAGAAGGAAUGUGAUGAACGAGGCGCUACAAUUGUCUAUGCCACACAUAUCUUCGAUGGUCUUGAGGAUUGGCCAUCUCAUAUUGUUUAUGUGGCACAUGGAAACUUGCAAUUGGCGAUGCCAAUGCAUAAAGUUAAGGAGAUUAGCAAUUUGUCACUGAUGAGAACUGUGGAGAGUUGGCUGAGGAAAGAAAGAGACGAGGAGCGGAAAAGAAGGAAGGAGAGGAAGGCAAAUGGUCUUUCAGAAUAUGAGAAACAAGUUGAUGGCACUCGCGUGGCUGGUGAUCGUGCCCGUGCUGCUGUCCGUGCAUUGAAUAAUGGGUGGGCUGCUGGGAGGCUGACUUCAACCAUUGCUGGUGAAGAAAGCUUCGUCUUAAGCUCGAACAGGGUCCUAAGAUAA